CUUUUGAUGUGCUCCGAUCGGUCUGCUGUAGCUAGUCGAAGGAAAUAAACGGAAAAGAACGUUGUGAAGCAAAUUAGCAACCGAGCUUCACAAAUAGCGUGUUAGCUUCUUUUUAUUUAUACAAACUAUUUCUGGAGGAACACCAUGGCCUCGGCGGCAGAUACCAAAAAUGAUGAUCUUUCCACCGCAAUACUGAAACAGAAAAGCAGACCUAACAGACUGAUUGUCGAUGAGUCAAUCAACGAGGACAACAGCGUGGUCUCCCUGUCUCAGGCUAAAAUGGAUGAGCUGCAGCUGUUCCGUGGCGACACGGUGUUGAUGAAGGGGAAGAAGAGGAGGGAGACCGUGUGCAUUGUCCUGUCUGAUGACACCUGCUCCGACGAGAAGGUGCGCAUGAACAGGGUGGUCCGCAACAACCUGAGGGUCCGCCUUGGUGACGUCAUCAGUAUCCAGCCAUGUCCAGAUGUGAAGUACGGGAAGAGGAUCCAUGUUCUCCCCAUCGACGACACCGUGGAGGGCAUCACUGGAAACCUGUUUGAGGUCUACCUCAAGCCCUACUUCCUUGAAGCCUACCGGCCCAUUCGCAAGGGCGACAUCUUCCUGGUGAGGGGGGGCAUGCGAGCCGUGGAGUUCAAGGUGGUCGAGACCGACCCCUCCCCCUACUGCAUCGUCGCGCCGGACACCGUCAUCCACUGCGAGGGAGAGCCAAUCAGGAGAGAGGACGAGGAGGAGUCUCUGAACGAGGUGGGCUACGACGACAUCGGGGGCGUGAGGAAACAGCUGGCCCAGAUCAAGGAGAUGGUGGAGCUGCCGCUCAGACACCCUGGGCUGUUCAAGGCCAUCGGAGUCAAGCCCCCUCGAGGUAUCCUGCUGUAUGGACCCCCUGGUACAGGAAAGACCUUGAUCGCCCGGGCGGUGGCCAACGAGACCGGAGCCUUCUUCUUCCUCAUCAACGGCCCUGAGAUCAUGAGCAAGCUGGCUGGAGAGAGCGAGAGCAACCUGAGGAAGGCCUUCGAGGAGGCCGAGAAGAACGCCCCCGCCAUCAUCUUCAUCGACGAGCUGGACGCCAUCGCUCCCAAGAGAGAGAAGACCCACGGGGAGGUGGAGAGGCGUAUUGUGUCCCAGCUGCUGACCCUGAUGGACGGCCUGAAGCAGAGGGCUCACGUCAUCGUCAUGGCAGCCACCAACAGACCCAACAGCAUCGACCCCGCCCUCAGGAGAUUUGGGCGGUUUGACAGGGAGGUGGACAUUGGCAUCCCAGAUGCCACAGGCAGACUGGAGAUCAUGCAGAUCCACACCAAGAACAUGAAGCUGGCUGACGAUGUGGACCUGGAGCAGGUGGCCAACGAGACCCACGGCCACGUGGGCGCCGACCUGGCGGCGCUGUGCUCCGAGGCGGCGCUGCAGGCCAUCAGGAAGAAGAUGGACCUGAUCGACCUGGAGGACGAGACCAUCGACGCCGAGGUCAUGAACUCCCUGGCCGUCACCAUGGACGACUUCAGGUGGGCGCUGAGCCAGAGCAACCCAUCAGCUCUGAGGGAGACGGUGGUGGAGGUGCCCAACAUCUCCUGGGAGGACAUCGGAGGGCUGGACGACGUCAAGAGAGAGCUGCAGGAGCUGGUCCAGUACCCAGUGGAGCACCCCGACAAGUUCCUGAAGUUCGGCAUGACCCCGUCCAAGGGCGUGCUGUUCUACGGCCCCCCCGGCUGCGGCAAGACCCUGCUGGCCAAGGCCAUCGCCAACGAGUGCCAGGCCAACUUCAUCUCCAUCAAGGGGCCCGAGCUGCUCACCAUGUGGUUCGGGGAGUCCGAGGCCAACGUCAGGGAGAUCUUUGACAAGGCCCGGCAGGCCGCCCCCUGCGUCCUCUUCUUCGACGAGCUCGACUCCAUCGCCAAGGCCCGCGGCGGCAACGUGGGCGACGGCGGCGGCGCGGCCGACCGCGUCAUCAACCAGAUCCUGACGGAGAUGGACGGCAUGUCCAGCAAGAAGAACGUGUUCAUCAUCGGCGCCACCAACAGGCCCGACAUCAUCGACCCGGCCAUCCUUCGCCCCGGGCGCCUGGACCAGCUCAUCUACAUCCCCCUGCCCGACGAGAAGAGCCGGAUCAACAUCCUCAAGGCCAACCUCCGCAAGAGCCCCAUCGGCAAGGACGUGGACCUGGACUUCCUGGCCAAGAUGACCAAUGGCUUCUCCGGCGCUGACCUGACGGAGAUCUGCCAGCGGGCGUGUAAGCUGGCCAUCAGAGAGAGCAUUGAGAACGAGAUCAGGAGGGAGAGGGAGAGGCAGACCAACCCCUCUGCCAUGGAGGUGGAGGAGGACGACCCCGUCCCAGAGAUCAGGAAGGACCACUUUGAGGAGGCCAUGCGCUUCGCCCGCCGCUCCGUCAGCGACAACGACAUCCGCAAAUACGAGAUGUUCGCCCAGACGCUGCAGCAGAGCAGGGGCUUCGGCAGCUUCAGGUUUCCCACCAGCACUGCGGGGGGCAGCGGUCCCAGCCAGGGCACAGGAGGCAACAGUGGAGGGCCGGUCUUCAACGAGGACAACGACGACGACCUGUACGGAUAGACGAGACACAGCGCCCCACUGUGGCCUACACCGGGAUCACCUGUACAAAAACUCAACCGAUUCCACCUUUUUAGGACUGUGCUUCUUUGUGUUUUCUUUUUUGUAUGAUUCCCCUCUGAUGGAAAAAGCAUGUAGCUGCUUGGUUUUUGCUCUGGUUUGGAUGUGGGAGAAGGGGGGGUAGAGGUGAAAUGCCAUUGGCUGAUAAGAGGAGGGGGGGGGGGGUGUUGGACCUCAUUCUGAAUAUAUCACAACCCUAUACAUGAAUGACUACAGAUGGGAUUCUAUGGUAGAUUAUAAGAACUGAAAAAAAUCCAACAAAUUGCUAAUAACUUCAUUUUUUAUGAACAGUAGCAUAUAAUGUCUGACAAGUUUGAAAAUGUUGAAAAUAAAAUCUCACUGAAUUAAAAUGUGA